UAGGAGGAUGAGAAGCUUCGUCAAUAUUUUCAAGAUGUUCGUCGCGUUCUUUUACGAUUAUGCGCGCGGAUUAUCUUACACGGUAACGACGAUACUCGUAUUAUGUUAUUGCCUGCAUCCAGCGCGUUUCGCCUCCCACUACACCUUCAUCAAGACGGAGAACAUUUAUGAUGAAAUGGAGAGAUCGUAUCCGCCGAGGGAUAACUCCUGCGUGAUAUCAAUUAACGGUAGACGGUCCUCUGAAUUGCUCUAUCCGGAGGAGCAUCCCCGGGAGGAUCCGGUGGCGAUGGCUCGACGACUCGGUAUACUACCGGGUGGCCAAUGGAAGCCUCUCAACUGUCAUCCGCUCUUCAACGUUGCCAUCAUAUUGCCAUACCGCAACCGGCAGAGUCAGCUUGCUAUUUUCAUGAAUUAUAUACACCCGUUUCUGCAGGCGCAGAAUCUGGAUUAUCGGAUAUUUGUCAUCGAGCAGAGCCCGAUGCGCGAGUUUAAUCGUGCUAAGCUCUUCAACGUCGGCUACGCGGAGGCUACCAAAAUUAAUGACUUUCACUGUUUCAUUUUCCAAGACAUAGACCUGAUACCGCAGAACCUCGACAAUAUAUAUGCGUGCACUAAAAUGCCUAGACAUAUGAGUUCCAGUGUAAAUACUUUUCGAUACAAUCUACCUUAUACAGGUCUGUUUGGUGGUGCAAUAGCGUUAACAAGAAAACAAUUUGAAAGAGUGAAUGGAUUUUCCAAUGUUUUCUAUGGUUGGGGUGGAGAGGACGAUGACUUUUACAGUCGCUUACAGUUCAGGGGUUUUCAGAUUACGCGCUUUGGACCUGAUGUGGCGCAGUAUUAUAUGCUAACACAUAAGAAGGAACCUCCUAGUACCGCAAGAUUCACGAAUUUGGAAAAUGGUGCUCGCAGGUACGAUACUGAUGGACUUAACAAUUUGGAAUAUAGAGUAUUGAACCAUCAAUUGCGACCGCUAUACUCUUGGAUUUUAGCCGAUGUGUAAUUUUUAUAUAAGUUUUUUUAUUAUAUAUAUAUAUAUAUAUAUAUAUAUAUAUAUAUAUAUAUAUAGCACAUAUUUUUUAUAAAUUGGCUGAUUAUGAGUUAUAGUAUAUUUAUUUUCCAGUAGCAUCAAAAAAUUUUAUCUUAUACGAAAUACACUAGUCAAACAAAUAUAAUUGCUGGCAUGCUGUGAUAGAACAUAUGAUUAAAUCUCGCAAUGUUAUUUAUGAGUGAUGAUUAAAAUACUAUUGCACUUUUGUGUAUUAAAAUUUGAAAAAUUCUAAGCCUGCAACAAAUAUUUUUUACAAUCAAAAUAAUGCUUUUUUUCAAUAGCAGUAUUGUAAUAAAUUAAUAGUUUGUAAUUAGUUAAUAGUUUGUACAAAAAAUAAUAAUGUAGUUAUGUAACUGAUAAGGUAAUGUGUUGAAGACUGUCAUCAUAAAAAAAGCCAUUUUUUUACACAAUUCCUCAAAAUAAGAAGCAAUAUUAUAUUACUUGAAGAUAUAUAAUAUACUUUUAUUCUAAAUCAUUAUUUAAUCUCAUAUUUUCAUCAUAUUUAUAUACAUAAAAGAAUUGUAGCUAUUUAAUGGCACAAGAAUCCAUUUCAUAAUAGAAAGUACAUUAUAUAAUCUUUGGUUGUAAGAUAUUUAAUACUGACCUUAUACAUGCUCAAAGAGAUUUUGGUCUUUUUAUAUCUCUUGUGUUAUAAUAACACAGUGAUUUUGGUACAUUGUGAUUGUUCCUAGUUUUAGAUAUAAAAUAAAUAAACUUUUUCUGUUAUAAAAUAAAGUCUGAUGUAAUAUUGUAUAAAUAUUUAAAUGCAAUUGAAUUAGAGAAUUCUCUCUAAUAUUGUUCAGUUUACUAACGAUUAUAGUAACAAUUUAUUAUAAUCUUCACUUUUCUAUAAAUUGUAAAUCACUUAAUAUAGAAAUAUCCAAUAUUUUGCUUUAUAUCUCUGAAUAUAAUAAAGAUGAUAGUGAAAUGAUAGUAAAAUGAUUAUAUAAGGUGUGUCAUAUUAUAACACUGAAGUAUUAUAAAUAUGUAUUAAUUUAAUAUUAAAUAUUAAAGAGAAAAACGACUGUAGAAAUGAAAAUGUAAAUAUAAGAUAACUAGUAUAUAAUGUUAUACUGAUCUACAUUUUGUGAAUAUUAAAAAAAAUAUUAUAUAUUAUAUAAGGAAUAUAUUUAAAAUGAUGAAAUACAAAAUUUUAUUGUUUUACUAAGCUUAGAUUAUGACUCUAAAAAAAAAGUAAUAUUUAACAUUCCAGUGUGUUCUUCUUUUUUGACUUUUGUGUGAAAGUAUAGAUUAUAGUAUUAUUAUAUGUAUACACACUCUAUUAUAUAUAACAGCAUAUCUCUCUCUCUCUCUCUCUAUUUUUAUUUCAAAUGUAUAUCCUCUCAUCACAUAUUUAAGAUUUGUAAUAAACCUCGAAAAAUACUAAUAGAAUUGAUUAAAUAUAAAUAAAGGUGAUUAAAUUUAUAAAUUAUACAUUAACAAAAUAUCUCGAUAUAUUUAUAUUUCUAUAAAUAAUAUUAUUUAUCGAGUUAUUUUUUUUUAUGUAAUCUUUAAUAGACUCAGAGACAGAUUGAGUACUUUUUAUUCUUUAUUGCUAAUAUUGUGUUACUCGAUCAUAUUUAUUUGAAAAAGAGAUAUUGAAUGAGAAUGAUGAUUGAGUCAAAUAAGCAAGUUUAGAAAAGUUAAUAUGUAUAGAAAAUAUUCACGUGUUUCCAUCAUGCGAGCAAUAAUAUAUAUCGCAUGUAUAUUUAUUAAUUCUUCUUGAUGUUAUUAAAUACAUGAAUCUCGCACGAUAAUUUUAGAAAAAUAGUAAUAAAUUGUAAGAAUGAUGUUAGAAAUGUGUAUGUAUAGUGACAAGUGUAAAAUGUAUUAUCUCCAAAAAUCAUAAAAAAAAGUGUACAAGAAUAAAUGUACUAUCCAAAAAUAUAUCUUUAUAUUCAGUUUGAUAUAAUUAGAUUGAAGGAAUUUAUUACAUUUCGUUAUGAUAUAAUAAAUAUAAGAUGCGUUAAUAAAAAUCAAAAUAUCUUGAAUAAUAAGAACAGAUUAUGUAUAUUUUUUUUUCAUAGAAGCAGCAAAUUAACACAGUAGUUUUGCGAAGCAAAUUAUUUCUCUUUUUGAACAUAUUAAAAAAGUACUUCUAAUAAUGUAUUUCUAAUAAUGCGUAACAAUAUUCAUAAUAAAGUGAUAUUGUUCAUACAACUCACUUGUUAGGUCAAUGAACAUUUUAUUAUGCUUCAAAAUAUUUAACUUGUGAUUUUCUGUAUUGCUUACAAUUUUAAAGAGAAUUUUUCACGAUCAGAUUUGUUCACCAUCAAUUUUUUUUUACCACUCAUAUUGAUAUACACUCAACUGUACAUAUUAUAUUCUUUGUGAAGAAUAUUAUUGCAUUGAACAAUAACAACUCAUAAUCGACUAUUUCAAUAGAGUGAUUCAUUUUUUCUAUAUCAAAAAUCCACUAUUGAAAAAAUCAGAAAUAAUAUAAUUAAAAGGAUUAAAAGGAGAGAGUUAUUUUCUUUCGCAAGUGUGACACCGCCGUUAUAUAAAUAAAAGUAGAAAAUGGCAUAUAUGUGUAUGUGUAUAUGAAUCUUGACAGUACAUUGUAUUUUUAUAUAUUACAAAAAAGAAAACGAGAUUUCUACAAUAUGCCAUUAUCUUGAAGCAUAUGAAAACAGAAUUUUAUACGAGAAUAUAUGAAAUGCAUAUAUAUUGCAUAGAGUAUACACACAGUUUCAGGAAUUGAUCACUGUGCAAUUAUUGGCAAGUAACUACAGUAUUCGAAUGAUAACAAUACGAGAGUGUAAUUAUGUCUAUGGAAAAUCGAGUACGAGUAAACUUAUAUGUGUGUGUGUGUGUAUGUAUAUAUAUAUAUAUAUAUAUAUAUA